CCAAAGUAGACGAUGGUGAGGAGAGGUGUGGGCGGAGGAAGUAUAAGGAGAGAUUUGAAAAAAGCAAUGGAUUCGUGCGGGAAGGAUUUAUCUACUGUGGAGGAAAUCGUGGACGACCUCCGUUCCAGGAACGGUAAAUAUGCGAGGAUGAAACGUCAAGGACUUGCCGACAACGUCAGACAUGUCCUUAAUGCCCGAAACAAGAACAACAAGCGUGCGAAAGAGGAAGAGGAAGACGAUUCUGAUGGUAAGAUGAAGAAACAGAGACGUCUAGAAGAAGACAAGUCAGUUUCUUCUUCUUCUUCUUCUUGGUCGGACGACAGUGGCGGCCAUAUCUCGGACGCUAUAAACAGCGAGAAGGUGAGUCCAAUGGUUAAUAUGAUGAAUGAAAGCUUGAGAAAUAAGUACGCUAAGAUGAAUAGCCCCUCCGCCAAGAAACCAAUUGUUGCUGAGAAGAAUGUCCAAGUUACCACCGACAAAGGAAUGACUAGAGUAGGACCUACUUUUAAAGACUUUGGUGGGAUUGAAAAUGUGUUGGAAGAUUUGCGUGACUAUAUUCUGUCCCCUCUCCUCAACCCUCAACCGUAUGACAAGAUUGGAGUGAAGCCACCAAGCGGGAUUCUAUUCCAUGGACCACCUGGCUGUGGAAAGACUCGGUUGGCCAAUGCCGUCGCCAACGAAGCUGGUGUUCCCUUUUAUCAGAUUUCAGCCACAGAUGUUGUUUCUGGUACGUCUGAAAACAAUAUUAGAGAGAUCUUCUCUAAAGCAUACAGGACUGCGCCUUGUAUUGUGUUUAUUGAUGAGAUUGAUGCAAUUGGAUCCAAGAGAGAGAACCAGCAAAGGGAGGUGGAUAAGCGGAUAGUAACACAACUAUUGACUUGUAUGGAUGGGCCUCCUCCCGGGGGAGAUACUGGUGGUGGAUAUGUUAUUGUCAUUGGAGCUACUAAUAUGCCUGAUGCUCUUGAUCCUGCUCUGAGAAGGGGUAAGCGAUUUGGGCGUGAGAUUGCUCUAAAAGCUCCUGAUGCAGCUGCCAGGGCUGAGAUACUCUCCCUCGUAGCACAUAGACUUAGACUUGAAGGUUCCUUUGACAUGAAAACAAUCGCUGGCUUAACACCAGGUUUUGUUGGAGCUGAUUUGGAGGAGUUAGCCGACAUGGCUGGCAGUAUUUGCAUAAAUAGGAUCAUGGAUUCAAGAAAACUGCUACUGUCCGGUGGUGACAGUGAUGAUGAUAGAUCUUGGCUGAGGCAGCCCUGGUCAGAGGAAGAGUUGGAAAAGCUCUUUGUCACAAUGUCUGAUUUUGAGGAAGCGGCCAAGUUAGUUAAGGGGUCUUUAACUCGAGAAGGUUUCUCUACCGUGCCUGAUGUCACAUGGGGUGAUGUUGGUGGACUUGGUCACCAACGGGGUGAACUCAACGAUUACAUAGUCAGGCCUAUCAAAUAUCCAGAGGUGUUUGAGAAAUUUGGAACGAAGUUAGAGACAGGUUUCUUGCUCUAUGGACCACCGGGUUGUGGAAAGACUUUGGUUGCAAAGGCAGUUGCAAACGAGGCAGGAGCUAAUUUCAUACACAUCAAGGGUCCAGAACCUCUAAGUAAAUACGUUGGAGAAAGCGAGCGUGCUAUUCGGACCUUGUUUCAGCGUGCCCGGGCAAGCUCACCGUGUGUAAUCUUCUUUGAUGAGGUGGAUGCUUUGACAACAAGGCGUGGCAGAGAAGGUGAUUUGGUUGUUGGUGGUCUUAAGAACCAGUUUCUCGCUGAACUGGACGGUGGAGAUAGACGUAACGUUUAUGUCAUCGGAGCUACGAACAGGCCAGAUGUGAUGGAUCCUGCUUUCUUGAGACCAGGUAGGUUUGGGAGUCUUGUGUACGUACCCCUCCCUAACGCGGAUGAGCGUGUUUCGAUUCUAAAAUCUAUUGCAAAGAAGAGACCCAUACAUCCUAGUGUUGAUCUGGAUGCCAUUGCAAACAAGUACUGUCAAGGUUUCAGCGGAGCUGAUCUCGCUAACCUGAUGGACAAAGCUAUAAACGAGGCAACGAAGGAGAAGUUCGUAGAUAUGGAUUUAAGUGAUUGCACCAUCAAGAUGACUCAUUUCAAGCAAGCUUUGUCCUUAGUCACACCAUCUGUCAGCAAAAAGCAAAUAAAACACUACGAGAAACUACGGAAGAAGCUACAAAGCAGCACCUGA